UUCAGCUACGGCAACUCCAAAGUGAACAGUGCAGUUUUACGAGAGUAACAAUGUUCUCAGAUCAAAAUCUGUUUCAAUUCAUCAUCUUCUUUAUUCUCCUUAUGUCAAUACCCACUUUCAUCUUAAGCCAAUUCCUAACUUCUCCCUAUGGCAAACACUACCGUUCAAAUUCAGGAACCGCAAUUUCACCACCCUUUGCAUGGUUUCUAAUGGAAAGCCCAACACUUUGGCUUACACUUCUCCUCUUUCCUUUUGGCAAAAAUCAUACAAACCCUUUAGCCUAUUUUCUCAUUUCUCCUUUCCUUUUACAUUACAUCAAUCGUACAAUUAUUUAUCCAAUUAAACUCUCCCAAAAAACCACUAAUGGUAAUUUUCCAUUGAAUAUUGCUUUGACAGGUUUUGUUUAUAAUAUUUUGAAUGCUUAUAUACAAACUAGAUGGGUGUCUCAUUAUGCUAAUUAUGAGGUUGAUGAGUUGUUUUGGCUAAGAUUUGUUGGUGGGAUUGUUGUGUUUGCAAUUGGUAUGAUGAUGAAUAUUUGGGCCGAUGGUGUGUUAAUGGGCCUGAAAAGUCAAGGUGGUGGAUAUAAGAUUCCAAGAAGUGGGCUUUUUGAGUAUGUGAGCAGCCCAAAUUAUUUGGGGGAAGUGAUAGAAUGGUUGGGCUGGGCUUUGAUGACUUGGUCUUGGGCUGGGCUUGCGUUUUUCGUUUACACUUGCUCUAACUUGGUUCCGCGAGCACUUUCGAAUCAUAAGUGGUAUUUGGAGAAAUUUGGGGAAGAUUAUCCUAAGAAUAGAAAAGCUGUUAUUCCAUUUCUGUACUAAGAUAUUUUAUGUAUAUCUUGUUGUGACUUUGUGAUUAUGCAGUGCAAAAAC